AUGCACCGACCUGCAAAGGGCACUGGACAAGCAAUUGAGACGCCUUAUCUCGAACAUGUAGCAAGCUUAUGAAACUGGAGCUCCCGUUCUCCCGUAGCGGAGGCGGGGUCAAUGCUCUUGGUAUAACAAUACAAGUUGCCUCCAUGUGAGCUUGGAAUGGAACCAGAUUAUCUACUCAAAAUGCCGUUUAUCAACUCGAAAGGUGCGUCAACGCUUGGUCACACAUUCAGGAAUUUCGACCAGACAAUCAUCACAGUCAAGGUUGGAGUGAAAGAUGACCAGGAGCCAUUCAGUUGCCACAAGGAGUUGCUGCGCCGGUGCUCGACGCAUUUCGAUCAACGCCUAAGCGACAAUAGACCUUCACCUUAUAAAAGCUCGGGUUCAUCACUUGAGCUUGAGGAUGUGAGCCCUGAUGUCUUCGAUGCUUUCAUGAUGUGGCUAUACACCGGCUUCAUCCCACACCAUCUCAUUGAGGGCGGUAAAGAAGUCCAUCCACCUACACAUGCUAUCGGUACGAACGGAAUGGAUGGCACGACACCAUACCAACAAGAAAGCGAGGACGUUGACACAGCAUCCUGGGGUAUCAGUCUUGAAAACGACGACGUAGCCAGUCCAACUUCGAGCGGGAAAGCUCCCAGCGUUUCCGAGGCAGUAAGCGCCGAGAAACUUUCUGGUGACAACAGCGACGCCGAGAAGCCACUGCCUACACCGCCAGUCCGAAAUCCAGCAGAGAAACCCGAGAUUCCCAAAGAGACCCUUUGCCCCUGCUGUUCGCGUCCAUACAAAUGGCGCGGCCUCGAAGGCUUCUUGGAACGUCGCUUCAUCGCACUAUACACAUUCGCACAUCGCUAUUCAAUCCCAGCGCUUCGCCGUGCGGUGCUCCUUGCAUGGCAGACGAAUGAUGAGAUCCUGCAAUCCAUGCCAGACCACAGUAACGUCAUUGCGGCGUACGCAGACUUACCACCCGAUUCACCUCUCUGCCGAUAUUUUCUUGACAUGUAUACUGUGUAUUGGAACCCCGACAAAGACAACGAAUUCUCCAUUCCACUGCGGAGCCAGUUGCCGCAGGCGUUCCUGUUCGAGCUGGUGACGGUGCUAGCCAAAGGUGAGAGGCCAAAGACAGAGAAAGAAUGGUGCGAAUUCCAUGAGCACGAAAGUGAAGAAGAGAGGAAGGCUUGCUGCGAGGGGCUGGGCAAAGAUCCGGUAGCAGGAAAGGCGCUACGGAGGAUCAGAGACAGCAAGGGGUGGAAGGGUUUGGUGUUGAAAAAGGGGAAGCGUUGAACAGAUCAAGUGAG